CAUGCAACACUGCGUGCCGCAACAGCUGUUUCACCGAAUUCAUAAGUCAAACAAACCAAAAGAGAAUCGAAAAUUACUCAAAGUGCCGCAUAAUUUUGGAAAGCCGCACUACCAAAAAAUGUCAGCUUUAAUAAAACAGCCCGGCACACGCAAUUUGCGUCUAAUUUUCAAGCAACUGCAUGCAGUGCGUGCACUUUCACUCAGCUCAAAGUGCUAUGCGGAUGACCAUGCACAAAAACAGAAAUCCACAGCGGAACACUUUGACAUCAUAAUUGGUGGUGGUGGACUUGUCGGCACCGCGCUAGCUGUUGCACUGGGUAAAAACAAAGUUUUAAGUGAUAAACGCAUAUUAUUGCUAGAGGGUGCACCGCCUUUCAAAGGCUUCAGUGUCGAGGCGCAAUAUGGCAAUCGUGUCUCAGCUAUUAAUAAUAACAGCGUAGAACUAUUCAAAUCUAUUGGCGCUUGGGAUUACAUGGAAGAACGUAGAGUGAAGCAUGUGAAACAGAUGCAAGUAUGGGAUGCAUGUAGUGAUGCCUUAAUCAAAUUUCAAGAUGAACAUUUCGCUGCCGAUGUAGCCUGCAUUAUUGAAAAUGAUUUGAUGCUGGACGCUAUGUAUGCACAAUUGGCUGACAGUCAGCAUGCGCAGAAUGUGGAAGUGCGCAACAAUGCACGCAUUGAGGGUGUACAGCUUUCAGCAGACACAGGCGAUAAAUACUCACAAAUACAUCUUAAAGAUGGCAAAAUAUUAACGUGUGAACUGCUGGUAGGCGCUGAUGGCGCCAAUUCAUUGGUGCGCAAACAAAUGAAUAUCGAUGUAUUCAGUUUGGAUUACCAACGACGUGGAGUUGUCGCCACUGUACAAUUGGAAGACGCUUGUGAUAAUUCUGUGGCCUGGCAACGUUUCUUACCCACCGGUCCGGUAGCGCUGUUACCACUAAACGACACACUCAGCUCGGUGGUGUGGAGCACAACUAUACCACAUGCUAAACAUUUGUUGGAAUUGUCAGAUGCAGAUUUCGCCAAAGCUUUAAAUGAAGCCUUCUUCAAGGAGUAUCCCAAGGAUGGUUUUGUUGUUAAUGCUAUGAAUACAUUGAAUUCCUUAAUUGGGCGUAAUCCCGAUAUGCUGCGACAAUAUCCGCCUGCCGUCAAUGGUGUUAUAGAAAAAUCGCGUGCUUCGUUUCCUUUAGGCUUUCUACAUGCCUCUUCGUAUGUGUGCACCGGUGCGGCUUUGAUUGGCGACGCCGCUCAUCGUGUACAUCCGCUUGCAGGACAAGGUGUCAAUUUAGGCUUCAGUGAUGUGCGUGAACUUGUUAAAGUGCUCUCUGAUGCGGCGUACGCUGGCGCCAAACUUAGUGACAAUCAUUACCUUAUCAAAUACGAACAACGCAGCUUAGCGAAGAAUGUGCCGAUAAUGGUCGGUGUGCAUGGUUUGCACGCACUCUACUCGACCACAUUCACGCCUGUGGUUUUACUGCGCAGCUUGGGUUUACAACUCACAGACAGUAUUUCGCCGAUAAAAAAUCUGUUUAUGAAACGUGCAAUUGGCUAAACGCUUUGUUGUUGUAUCAAUUAAGUUACCGGUAAAAUAUCAAUAUUAACGAUAUCACAAUUUUUGUAUUUUAGAUAUAGAAAUGUUCUGCUCUUUUGGUUUUAAAUAAAUCUCGAAAUUAAUACGA